GUGGUGACGCGGGGUGUGUCUGCAGGGUGAUUCCACGACAUGCCGGACAAGUUGCGGCUCCAGGGCUAAACUGAAAGAGGAAAAAAAACCUGUAAAAAGUCUUUGGAAACAUGUGAAACAGAAAUUGACCUCAACAAAAAUAAUCGGAUAAUUGAGGUAAAUUUCUGUAUCAUCAAGUUCUACUUAGAAGUUGAGGCAUCUUUUUUUGAAUUUAAGGAUUGGAUGCAGAUAAUAAGAAAAUGACCUUUCAAUUUAAUUUCACUAUAGAAGGCCAUCUAGAAAAUGAAAUAACACCUCUUGGAGAUGGAGUUUUGACUCUGGAUUCCUCAAAAGAAUCAUCAGCUUUAGAAAAUCGAAAAGGAAAACAGAAGGACAGAAAAUGUUCCACAGAACAGUCUGACUUGCCUCAGAAUCACUUGUGGGAAUAUGCAUCAGUGGGAAAUGCAGGUGCUUCUCAAGACACUGACACCCCACUCAGUGCAACUAACAGUUCAGAGGACUUGGGGCCAUGUGCAAAACAACUCUGCUUAACAGUUGCCAAAGAGCAUGCUGUGCCUAAAGAUUUAAAGAAAGUGUUAGAAAAUAAAGCCAUAGAAAUGCUACCAGGUCUCCAGCAUGUUAACAUAUCAGUAGUGAAAAACAUCUUGUUGAAAGAGAACUUCCCUGGAGAAAACAUAGUUUCAAAAAGCCUUUCUUCUCACUCUGAUCUGAUUCCAGGUGUUUAUGAAGGAGGUUUAAAAAUCUGGGAAUGUACUUUUGACCUCCUGGCUUAUUUUACAAAGGCCAGAGUGAAAUUUUCUGGGAAAAAAGUGUUGGAUCUUGGCUGUGGAUCUGGAUUGCUGGGUAUAACUGCAUUCAAAAGAGGGGCCAAAGAAAUUCAUUUUCAAGAUUAUAACAGUUUGGUGAUUGAUGAAGUGACUCUACCUAAUGUAGUAUCUAACUCCACUUUGGAAGAUGAAGAAAAUGAGGGAAAUGAACCAGAUAUAAAAAGAUGCAGAAAGUCAAAACCACAAGAACUAUGUAAAUGCCGGUUCUUUUCUGGAGAGUGGGCUGAGUUUUGUAAGCUUGUAUUAAGCAGUGAAAAACUCUUUGUAAAAUAUGACCUCAUUCUCACCUCGGAAACCAUUUACAAUCCGGAUUAUUAUAGUACUUUACACCAGACAUUCCUUACACUGUUGGGUAAAAAUGGAAGAGUGCUUUUGGCCAGCAAAGCACAUUAUUUUGGUGUCGGUGGAGGUGUUCAUCUUUUUCAGAAGUUUGUAGAAGAAAGGAAUGUAUUUGAGACUAGAACACUAGAAAUAAUUGAUGAAGGACUAAAGAGAUUCCUUAUUGAACUGACUUUUAAAUACUCAAGUUAAUAAUCACUUCAUGGCCUGAGUGAAAUGAAUAGAAUGACCCAAAACUUGUGAAUGUUCAAUUUCUGUUUUGCUAUUAUUUUUUGCUAAAUAUGGUACUCAUUUAGGUAUGUUUCCAAAUAAUAGGCCAACUUGUGUUACCAGUCUUGUAUUUAUCAAGUGAAACCGAGAAAGGUCCUUGAGCUUUUGAUGAGAUCUUUGUAGUUAAGAGUUCUCUGUUCUUCAUCUUCAUUCUGUUUGACCUUCCUACCACCUUUGACAUUACAUAAAAUUGUUGCCAGAAAAUCCUGCCAUUUCUUACCAAGCUUGUGUAUUUCUUUCCU